AUGACCUCUCUCAUAGCUGCUCUGUUUUUAAUGGAUUACAUUUUAUCGUCAGUCUCUCCGUGCACUGUCACUGACUCUGAGUUUAGUCUGGCUGGAGAUUUUCUGAUUGGAGGACUUUUUGAUGUUCAUGACGUGACUGAGGAGGUUUCUCAACAUAUGCCUGAAGCUAUCAACUGCUCACAACAGCCGUUCAUCUUGUCCAACUACCGGAAGUUUCAGGUCAUGCGAUUAGGCGUAGAGCAGAUCAAUAAUUCCACACAGCUCCUUCCUGGCGUCACUCUGGGAUAUGAGAUCUUUGACCACUGCUCGGACAUCAAUGCUUUCCCUGGGAUCUUUGACUUCAUAUCAGUCAAUGAGUCAGUGGAGCCCUGGCCUGAGCCUCAGGGGUCAAAACUGCCUAAAGUCAUAUCAGUGGUCGGAACCUUCUCCAGCACGAAAACCCGCACUAUUGCGCCGCUCUUCACGAUGGACUUUAUUCCUAUGGUCAAUUAUGGAUCCUCAAGUUCAGCUUUCUCAGAAAAAGUCAAAUAUCCCACGGUUCUACGGACAGUGCUUCCAAAUCAGCGGACGGUAGAAGCCAUUGUCGCCAUCCUGCUUCACUUCAGAUGGCACUGGGUCGCUUUCCUCAACAGUAAUGAAGAAUAUGGCACAGACGGCGAGAACUUAUUUUCCAAAGCAAUCAAAAACACUAAGAUCUGCAUGGCUUACAAUAAAGUUGUAGACGCUGUGACUAACCAUUCUGAAGUAUUCCGCCGGAUAGAGAACCAGAAGAUAAACGUGAUUAUAGUUUUUACACCAGAAAGAAUUGCUACAAUGAUAACCAGGGCAGCCUUAUAUCUCAAAGUUAACAAGAAGGUUUGGAUAGCUACAGACCCAUGGGCACUCAACAGGAACAUUAUGGAAACACCAAACAUAGACGCUAUAGGAACUGUGAUUGGGCUGGUUGAGCCAGAGUUAGAAAUUCCAGGAUUUUCUGAAUUUAUCUCCUCUUUAAAAGCUGAGCGUGCACAGUGUGAAGUGGGCAAAGAGCGAGUUUGUAACCAGGUGUGUGCCUGUAAUGAGGUGAGUGCAGAGGACAUAAUCGAAGCGGACCCUUCCUACUCCUUUCCAGUGUACGCAGCAGUGAACAUAAUCGCUCACGCCUUACACAACCUGCUGCAGUGUGAGACUGGCCGAUGUAAUACCAAUGUGACCAUUUACCCAUAUAUGGUUCUGGCAGAGCUACAGAAGUCCAACUUUACUCUGUUGAACCAGAGCAUUCAGUUUAAUGAAAAUGGAGACCCAAAGUUUGGAUCAUACUCUAUUGUUUUCUGGAACAACAAAAAGGCAGACGAAGUCGGCUAUUACAAAUUCUACCCAUUUGCUGAUUUUCAUAUCAAGAGCUCAGAGAUUCAGUGGUACACGAAUGGACAGGUACCAACUUCACUCUGCUCCCCAGACUGCCCUGCAGGGCACGUAAGACAACAAACUGGGAUCCAUAAAUGCUGUUUUGACUGUGUCAUUUGUCCUAAUGGAACCUACAUCAAUAUCACAGUGGACCCCUAUACUUGUGUCUCCUGUUCAGCAACAGAGUGGUCUACACCAGCGAGCACCUCGUGUCUGCCCAGAUUGGUAGAGUUUGUCUCAUUUGAGGAUGCUGCUGCCAUAGUGAUCAUGGUUGGAACAGUGAUUUUCGUGGCCCUCUCUCUCCUGACCGCUGUGCUCUUUAGCCUGAACUACAACACUCCAGUGGUGAGAUCUGCUGGUGGACCCAUGUGCUUCCUGAUUCUCGGCUGCCUCUGUCUCUGCAGCAUCAGUGUCUUCUUCUACUUUGGUAAACCACAACAGUCUUAUUGUAUUAUGAGGCUUUUGCCAUUCGUUUUGUUCUACACAGUGUGCUUGGCCUGCUUUGUUGUGCGCUCCUUUCAGAUAGUUAGCAUCUUUAAAAUAGCAGCUACGUAUCCGUCAGUACAGAGGUGGUGGAUGAAAUAUCAUGGACAAUGGUUGGUCAUCGCAGUUGCAUUUAUACUACAAGUACUGUUCCUUCUGAUAACAUAUACAACUGCUCUUCCAAAGCUUUAUAAUGAAACUGUAUGGUACCCCGACCAGAUUGUUCUUGCUUGUGAGACUGAUUUAACAGCUUAUGGUGGUUCAAUGGCUCUGUUUGUUGUACUGUGCUUCCUCUGCUUUCUCUUCUCAUACAUGGCAAAAGAACUCCCAAAGAACUACAAUGAAGCCAAAGCUAUCACCUUUUGUCUACUUCUGCUGACACUGACUUGGAUCAUCUUUGCCACUAUCUUCAUUCUCUACAGAGGAAAGCACCUGCAGACACUUAAUGCUUUAGCCAUGCUCUCCAGUCUGUAUUCUUUCCUUUUAUGGUAUUUUCUUCCAAAAUGUUGCAUUAUACUUUUCCAACCUGAGAAAAAUACACAGCAGUACUUUCAGGGUUUAAUACAGAGUUACACAAAAACAAUUAGCCAAUAA